AUGGCUAGGUCUAGAAUGCUCUCUAUCCUCGGGCAGCAUCUCAAUACCUUGUUCUCCAGCAACAUCACCAUUCAAGGAACCGGGGUAGGUGGUGCAGGGGUCAACGCCAGUCAGUCUAGCACUGACUCUUGCCACGAAUCAUCCAAGCACGCUGGAGACGCAGUCUGCGCUUUCAAUGGCACAGGAUACUCGAUCGACGGCAAGAUCUCGCAUAUCCCCGACACAACCCUCUGCGGGAGCUGGGAGUUACCUCUCUUCGUUUUCGGCAGGAACUGCGAUGAAGGAGAUACUCCUUUCCAGACGCGCGCUGGCAUCGACAGGGUACACGUCUCUGAACCUCCCCGCGUGAGGGAAGGCGCCAAUGCCCUCCUCCCAUCCCCAGCGUCAUUCAACGGAAGAGUCUGCUCUCUACCAUAUAAUCCGUGGAAGCUGGGCGAGUGUGUCGACGGUACGGCGAUGACUGCGGUGCCGGUUCUACAGGUCAUCAUUUCCGAUGGUGCGUGGCGUCAGGGUUUAUCUGCAUCUGCGUCUGCAUCUGCACGUUCAGGAUAUGGUCCGUCUCCGAGUAGGACCAGUUCCAUUACUCCGGUGUCUUCGGCUGUGUCUGGUGUGAGUCCAGCAAGUGGUUGGCCUGUGAGCUCGAGUGGUGCUACUGCGACGGGUGCUGCUAAUGUCGGGUAUGGGAGGGGGCUGUUGCGUGAUGGGGCUUGGUGGAGUAUGUUGUUGCUUAUUUCCUUGCAGGUGGUGGCUCAUGUCUUGUUGGUGCUUGGGUGGGCUUAG